AUGUCUGCUCACAGUGGAUCACAAGCUAACAGUGGAUCAGAAGCCAGAUUUGGUAAGCCAACGUUGGAGCCAGGUGGGUACAAAAAGCAGCUCCCCGCAGCCCCAGGAAUCUGCGGCUGCAUUGGAUGUGGAAGCAGAGGGAUUUUGGACUACAAAAUGAGGACGGAAAAGGAGAAUUUCGAAAAGCAGUCACUUUCUGAUUGGAAGAUAAAUAAGGAAUUAUCCAGGGAAGUGAUGGAGGUGACCGAAGAUCUCUACACUCUUCGCAAACUCAUACCCAUCUUGAAGGGGACGCGAGAUGUGUCAAUGUUGGAGGAGCAAUUCCUGAAGGAAGAAAGGAUCCUCUCACAUCUAGUGAGAGGCGAGGUCAAACGAACUUAUGUUCGGAUUCAAGCGGACUUCACGGUAAUUGUGGAGGUCGAAGUGUAUGAUCGGCGUACGCUCGGAAAGAAGCUGCAGUGCAGUCUUCGCACGAGCUCCAACUAUCACUACAAGUUUCCCCUGAACGCGAUAGCUGGAAGGGGGAUAAACUGA